AUGAAUGUUCAGCAAGCCUUCAACUACUUUUAUUUAUUAGAGAAACAGUUUUGGAGCAAACUGGACAAAGACAUGAUAAAAUACGUCACAUUUGAUGGAGAGUUAUCACCAGAGGAUAUGCUUUUAUACGGAGAAUUUGGAUUUACACUACUAGAACUUAAACCAUGUACACUGGUCGAAUUUAGAGAUAUACAAGUGACUAGACUUUACUGUGAACAGGUUAUCGUUCCAGCGCUUCAUUCACUCGAGAAAAAAACAUUAGACUACUUUAUUAUAUCAAAUCAAGUCAAGACUCCUGAAUCUGACCUUCAGGGUGCUUUAUUGAUUUAUCACAAAGACCAUCAAGGUAUCAUCGCAACAUUUGACCAUGAUACAACUGUACCUGAGGAAAGAAUGGCAGAGAUUUUAGAUUAUCCUGGUCAUUUACCUUCUUCAGAACAGGAAGUACCUACAAUGAAAACUGUCAUUUACCUUCAUGAUCGGAAGACGACACAAGUAGCUCUUACAACUUUUGCUAUUCAGACACAUCAAACAGAUGCCAUGAUCUCACACUUCCAGCGAUAUAAACACGCUUGUAAGGAAAGACUGGAUAUUGAUUUAUCAUUGAUCGUCCAGUGAAUUAAAAUAACCUGUGAAUUGAGCUUGUAAAGAAGUGGGCACUCCUCCUUGAGCAGUUACAAUUGUAAUAAAUUGAUAAUACGUUUUUCUUUUAUUCACUCUUUCGUUAAAUAUCAAACAUCUGAGAAGAACAAUUGUCUUAUCGAGCUCAUCACUGAG